AUUCUUACCAAAUCAUCUUAUUUCAAAAUCACAAUAAACAAACAUAUACAAUUAGAAAGGUGUAAAAAUCACAAUACUUACAAUAUGGCAAUUCAAACAUCAAAAAAAAUUGCUAGUGUGUUGAUUGUUGUAAUCUUAUUUACAAUAACUUUUUCAGCACAAGUUUCUCAUUCUAAAACGAUAGAUGUAGGGUGUGUAAAAAAUUGUAUUGUGAAUCAAUGCAUGAAAGCAUCAAAGAAGGCGACUCCAGCAACAUGUGACAAUCCAUGCAAGACAAUAUGUACUGCAACGGGUAUUAAGAGUUACAUCAUUCCACGAGGUGGUGGUCGUGAUCCAGUGAAAGCAUUUUGCAUAACAUUUAAAUGGUUCUGUAAAAAUUAACAGAGAAGUACAUAAUUGUAUAAUUUCUAUGUAUAUGUUAUAUAUUUACAUUUUCAUAUCAUAUAUCGAUUAAUAUCUCAUGUAUGUGUUUAUUUUUCUUCGGAAACAAAAAAAAAACUAAUAAUUUGAAUCAUGGUAUAAUCACACUAAACGAUUAGUUGAAGACUCUAUGCUCUUAGAAGUUGUUCAUGCCAACAACACAUCUAGCAGAUUGUAAUGAAUAGGUUAUCCAUCAAUAUUUCAAAAAUAAACUCAUCAAAUAGUUGUUUAGAUCAAUACGUUGCCAUAAAUUGCAACCUAUAGAAACCUAUUAAAUUAUAUAUCCUCAUUAAGCUAAUUCAUAGCAUGCCUAUUUAUAUUUAAUUUAUGGUAGUGAUUUCACUUUGGUUCAUGUUCUAUCUAACAUUAGGUGUAACACAUGACAAAUCUAUCAGAAAUUAAAACUAAUAAUUUGAAUCAUGGUAUAAUCACACUAAACGAUUAGUUGAAGACUCUAAGCUCUUAGAAGUUGUUCAUGCCAACAACACAUCUAGAAGAUUGUAAUAAAUAGGUUAUCCAUCAAUCUGUCAAAAAUAAACUCAUCAAAUAGUUGUUUAGAUCAAUACGUUGCUAUAUAUUGCAACCUAUAGAAACCUAUUAAAUUAUAUAUUCUCAUUUAGCUAACUCAUAGCAUGUCUAUUUAUAUUAAAUUUAUGGUAGUUAUUUCACCUUGGUUCAUGUUCUAUCUAACAUUAGGUGUAACACAUGACAAAUCUAUCAAAAAUUAAAAUAAUCAGCCUUCUCAAAAAAUUAAUUCAAUCAAAUUUCUGGCAGAUAUUCCCUCGACUACCGGCACUGGCUUGUCUCCUUCACCCUAUCAUAUGAUACAUCAAAUUUGGAAAUCUUUGAAAGACCAAAGUACACAAAGUUAGUUAGUAAUAUAAGAAAUG